AUGAAGGUCGAUUCUUCCACCAAGGUCAGCUCCUCUUCCACCAAGGUCAGCUCCUCUUCCACCAAGGUCAGCUCCUCUUCCACCAAGGUCAGCUCGUCAACCAAGGUCAGCUCGUCAACCAAGCUCAGCUCUUCCACCAAGACCAACCCUACUACGAAGAGUAGCUCCGCCUUCAUCCUCCAAGAGCGGCUCCUCCCCAAGAGUAGCUCGACCAUCAAGAAGAACACUUCUAAUCCCAAAAAGAGCUCGACGCUCAAGAAGAGCAGCUCCACCCCCAAGAAGAGCUCGACGGCUAAGAAGGGCAGUCCUACUCCUGUCAAGAAACAAAGUUCCUCUGCCAAGAAGAGCAGCUCUACUGGCCCUAAGCACACCAGCUCGAUCUCCUCUAAGCACAGCUCUGCUACCAAACAGACUAGACCCUAG